GAAUCGGUGAAGACAUUGUUUAGAACCCAUAAACAUCUCUGAAAUAAAAAAUUCGAGAUCCCUUUAGAACCCCCGUACCAUACCCGUUCGGUUCCGCAUCUAUGUGCAUUUUUGCCCACCCCUUAUUCUUAUUCGUGGUUGUCUUCCUCGUCUUAAUUAAUACCUUCUUCGAGUUGAAUUUGAACCCCCUAAAACGCUGGUCGGUUUUCUCUUUUCUGCUAUCAGAUCAGAUUUUGAAUCCGCCCGCGAGGCGACAACAAAUAUUUAUGGAUCUGGCAUCAGGGAAGAUGAUUGGCAUUGGCAGUGCUAGAGAGGAGGAUGGUCUCUAUACUUUUGAUGAAGGAACACAAUUGAAUAAACAAGCGCUUAAAAUGAAUGGGAAUGGUUUGUUGGACGUUACUCUACGCAAAGUUCUUUGCACAAUCAAUCCCUCAAAAGAGGACUGGUCUAAGAGAUUUCAAGGCAUCAACGAACUUCAAACUAUUGUUCAAACCAUUCAAAGUCUUAGGGGUGCAACAGUGGAAGCAUAUGGAUCCUUUGUGUCGGAUCACUUCACAAAAUGGGGAGAUCUUGACUUAUGUAUUGAGUUGGGGGGCAAUGCUUCUGCUACUACUAAGAUGGAGAAGCAAAAAUUACUUAGAGAUGUACUAAAAGCAUUGAGAAGUAGAGGUGGCUACCAUAGUUUUAAAUUAAUAAGAAACGCAAGAGUCCCCAUUCUGAUGUUUCAUGGAAAGCACAACAUCUGCUUCGAUUUAUCAAUAAGUAAUUGGGUUGGUCAAAUGAAGUCAAAAUUGAUGUACUGGAUCAACUUGAUCGAUGGUCGGUUUCGUGACAUGGUUUUAUUGGUCAAAGAAUGGGCAAAGGCGCAUAAUAUCAAUGACUCAAAAUGUGGAACUCUGAACUCAUAUUCUCUCAGCUUGCUCGUCAUCUUCCAUUUUCAGACAUGCGUGCCUCCGAUUUUACCUCCACUGAAGGAGAUUUACCCCGGAAAUAUUUCGGAUGAUCUUAAAGGUGUGAGGUUCAUUGCAGAGAAGAAUAUAGAGGAAAUAUGUGCAUUCAAUAUUAACCGGUUCAUGCAUAAUUGGUCCAGAGUUCAUAACCAGAGUUCUCUAUCUGGUCUUUUCAUCUCAUUCCUUGCCAAGUUCUGCGACUUAAGCUCAAGGGCCACUAAGCAAGGGAUUAAUCCAUACACUGGGCGGUGGGAGGACAUUAAAGUCAACAUGAGAUGGUUACCUAAUAACUAUCCGCUAAUUAUUGAAGACCCUUUUGAACAGCCAGUGAAUGCAGCAAGGAGUGUAAACAGCAAACAACUCAGAAGGAUAACAGAGACUUUCCAGGAAACCUACAAUCUGCUUUUGUCUCCCAAUCAAGAUCCAAGCUUGCUCGUUUCUUCUUUUGUGGGCCCGCAAGUGUCAAGUUUUCUUGGUGCAUCCCAUACCGGAAGCCAUAGCAACUAUAGUAUAAGCUUGCAGCCUCAGUUCGAAUAUCGGUGGCAGAAUGGGCAGCUAGGCAAUCUAAUGUGUGCAUAUGGGCAGGUUUAUGGUGCUACCCAGGGCCGUGUUCAGCCAGUUAUUCAGCCAUCCUUAGUAGGCCGAUUUGAAGGACAAGCAACCAGUGUAAAUCCAAGACCUGCCAAGGCUCCAUGUGUUCAGAACCCACAAUUUAAUAGACAAAAUGCAGAUCGGAUCUCUGGCUUUUAGUGUGGUGUGCGUCUGUGGCUUUGGGUUUGUACAUAGAUAUUGUGUUUGCACUGGAACUUGGAAGUGUUCUUUAUAUCUGUUUGCUUGGAGAGAUCUGGAAGCUUUCAGAGAAAUGUGUUAGUCUGUAACUUUCAAUUUUAUAAAAAUGAAAAAUCUAAAAUAUACAGAAUAAAUAAAAGAAAUUGUACUAAAACAAAGAGGAAGUUUUGAAAUAUGAGUUUCAUAAUUCAUUCUCUAAAUAUGAUUU